CGGUGGAAUUGGCCGGCUAGCUUCCAUCACAUAGGAGUUUCUCCCUGACUGGUGAGUUUGUUAUAGUGAAACAUGGCCAUUUAGCAUUAGGCUCUAUUCAAGACUCUGACACGGUGAUCUCAUCUUAUUUUGGACGGAGUAGAAGUGGAAGCGUGCAGUCACAAACGGAUUGUGUCUAUUUGUUCUGCAACAAAUCAUUCUCACUCUUUCCCGUCAAGGCCAUGAAACUCACAGAAGCACUCGGGAUAGUGCAUCAGAUGGGAUUCACAAUGUUUCUAGGUUUUCCUGUGGUUUUUAAAGCGAUUUGGGCGACACCAUCGUUGCUUUUCCGCCCCCGCGAGCUCUCGCGCAUCAGCAUGAACGCUCUCUGGAUGCUCUUCGGAGAAGGCAGUGACCAAGGCUCUAGGGACGACAAGAUCAAGCUCAUCCGAGCUAAUUCCUACGGGACUGUGCUUGACAUCGGAGCUGGUGAGAUUCCAGUGUCCGUUUUUCUGCCCCGCUGGUAUUGAUCAG